CUCUGCGGGAAGGUGCCAGGCAUGGAGGGGGAUGGCAGCCUGGACCCCCCGACCCACCCUGAGGAGGGAGGCAGCAGCAAGGUGGAGGUGGUGUUCUGGCUGCUGUCCAUGCUGGCCACACGGGACAAGGAGGACAUGUCGCGCACAUUGCUGGCCAUGUCCAGCUCGCAGGAGAGCUGCCUGGCCAUGCGCAAGUCGGGCUGUCUGCCCCUGCUCAUCCAGAUUCUGCACGACUCGGAUGGGGAGCCAGGCCCCCCCGAGAGCCCCACGGGUGCCAAGGACGCGCGCAUGCGCGCCAACGCUGCCCUCCACAACAUCGUCUUCUCCCAGCCUGACGAGGGCCAGGCCAAGAAGGAGAUGAGGGUGCUGCACGUGCUGGAGCAGAUCCGCUCCUACUCGGAGACAUGCUGGGACUGGCUGCAGAUGCAGAGCCGGGACAGGGGACGGGGCCCCGAGGGUGCGGUGCCAGUGCCCAUUGAGCCCCAGAUCUGCCAGGCCACCUGUGCCAUCAUGAAGCUCUCCUUUGAUGAGGAGUACCGGCGGGCCAUGAACGAGCUGGGUGGGCUGCAGGCAGUGGCUGAGCUACUGCAGGUGGACUAUGAGAUGCACAAGAUGACGAACGACCCCCUGAACCUGGCACUGCGGCGCUAUGCGGGGAUGGCCCUCACCAACCUCACCUUUGGUGAUGUGGUGAACAAGGCAACGCUGUGCUCCCGCCGGGGCUGCAUGGAGGCCAUCGUGGCUCAGCUGGGCUCCGACAGUGAGGAACUGCACCAGGUGGUCUCCAGCAUCCUGAGGAACCUUUCCUGGCGUGCUGACAUCAACAGCAAGAAGGUGCUGCGGGAGGUGGGCAGCGUCACUGGGCUGACGCGGUGUGCUCUGCAUGCCGGCAAGGAGUCCACUCUGAAGAGUGUCCUGAGUGCACUGUGGAACCUGUCAGCGCACAGCACGGAGAACAAAGCAGCCAUUUGUGGGGUGGAGGGGGCCCUGGGCUUCCUGGUGAGCACCCUCACCUACAAGUGCCAGAGCAACUCCCUGGCCAUCAUUGAGAGCGGCGGUGGCAUCCUCAGGAAUGUCUCCAGCCUCAUCGCCACACGGGAGGAUUACAGGCAGGUUCUCCGGGACCACAACUGCCUGCAGACGCUGCUGCAACACCUGCGCUCGCACAGCCUCACCAUUGUCAGCAAUGCCUGCGGCACCCUCUGGAACCUGUCUGCCCGCAGUCCCCGUGACCAGGAGCUGCUGUGGGAUCUGGGAGCCGUCAGCAUGCUGCGCAACCUCAUUCACUCCAAGCACAAGAUGAUUGCCAUGGGCAGCGCAGCUGCACUGCGCAACCUGCUCACCAACCGGCCCCCCAAGUACAAGGACGCAGCCGUGGUCUCGCCGGGCUCCUGCAUGCCCUCGCUCUACAUGCGCAAGCAGAAGGCACUGGAGGCUGAGCUGGACGCCAAGCACCUGGCUGAGACCUUUGACACCAUGGAGAAGCAGAGCCUGAAGAGCCAGAGCGCAAAGAAGCCAAUGCGGCACAUGGAGAGCCUGGUGAAGGACUAUGCCUCUGACUCUGGCUGUUUUGAUGAUGAUGAGGUGCCCAACAUCUCCACUGGUGUGGAGACAGCCAGUGCCUCUGUCCUCUCCAUGUUCCUCAACUCCUCCUUCCUGCAGGGCCAGGUGCUGCCACGGGCACUGGCACAGAGGCGAUGCCCAGAGCCGGAGAAGGACGGCAGCGGGAAGCCAGCCGAACCCAAGAAGCCACCACUGCCAGAGGAUGAUGUCUCACUGGCCGCUGAGAAGUUGGCCAACAAGAUCUCCAGCACAGUGGCCAAGAUAGACAAACUGGUGGAGGACAUCUCCACCAUGCACAAUUCCUCAGAUGACAGCUUCAGCCUCAGCUCAGAGGACCACUGCCUGGACUGGCAGUAUGGCCCCGAGGAGGGCCACGAGGCGCGUGCGCAGUCAUGCUCGCCGUGCCGGCUCUCAGACGCUGGCGGCUUUGCCAAGCGGGAGAACCUGAGCCGGGCACACACACUGCUGCGGCUGAAGACAGCCUACACGAGCUUGUCAACCGACAGCCUCAACAGUGGCAGCACCAGUGACGGCUACUGCACCAAGGAGCAUAUGAAGCCCUGCUCCAGGGCUGCCUUCCUCGACUAUCGUGACGAGCUGCAGCACUACCAGAAGCGGCCGAGCCGGCUCGACCUCAAGAGCAUCCUGGGCGGCAAGCUGGAGCGGGGUGAGCCCCCGCCCCCUGCGCGGGAUCCAGCCGAGCCAGACAAACCAGAGCAGCGAGACCUGCCUGAACGAGCCAAGAAGACAGUCACUUUCCCCUGCCCCCAGGCACCGGAGAAGGAGCCUGAGUGGAAUAAGGAGGCAGGCACCAAGCUCCCCCCUGAACCCCACAUCCACACCAUCAAGCUCUCCCCAUCCUACCAGCAUGUCCCCAUGUUGGAGACCCUGGCUAAGAGUGGCACAGCCAGCAGCCACCAGCCCUCCCUGCUGGGUAGAAGGCAAGCCUGGCUCCCCCCAGAGCUGCUGCAGACAGCUGAGACUCUGAGCAAGAUCCCAGAGAAGCUGCCAGCUCACUUGCCGGCUGCAGCAGAGCAGGAGUCAGUGCAGAAGUAUACCCCUAUCUCCUUCUCCCGCUGCAGCUCCCUCUCUUCCCUGUCCUCAGCAGACAAUGUGCUGGAUGGGCAGAGCCACAGUGAGAACGACCUGGACAGUGAUUCCUCCCUGGAGAUCCUGGAGAUGGAGGAAGGGGAGGCAGAAGGUGAGGAGAGAAGGCAGGAGAAGGCAGUGGAUCAGGGUCCUACCACAACAGUGGGGAUUUCCCAGCCCAUCACCAUCCCAUUCCCGAAGCGUGACAAGGUCUUCCUGCGGGAGACAUCACCCUCAAGGCAGGAGGACCUGACGCCCUCAAGCUCCUCAGAGAACUACAUUCAGGAGACGCCACUGGUCAUGAGCCGCUGCAGCUCUGUCAGCUCCCUGGGCAGCUUUGAGAGCCCUUCCAUCGCUAGCUCCAUCCAGAGUGACCCAUGCAGCGAGAUGAUCAGUGGCACCAUCAGCCCCAGUGAGCUGCCCGACAGUCCUGGGCAGACCAUGCCCCCUAGCCGCAGCAAGACACCCCUGUUUGAGCUGGGCUGCCAGCCAGAGAAGGAGACCAGCCAGUUCAACAUUCAAUGGGAGAAUAAUGUCAAGAAGUUCAUGGAGAUCACUGACUUCAAGGAACGCUUCCAGCUGCCCCAAGACCUGGACUCCAUGGUCUACUUCACGGUGGAGAAACCCAACGAGAACUUCUCAUGUGCCUCCAGUCUGAGCGCCCUGCCUCUCCACGAGCACUACAUCCAGAAGGAUGUGGAGCUCAAGCUGAUUCCCACCUUCCCAGAGAAGAACAGCCUGAAUUUUGCAGCUCACGAGAAGCGGGAGGAGCGGCGGGAGGAGCGGUACCUGGAGGGGCGGCGGUGGGCCGAGCGCCCCGAGCCCCCCGAUGAUGAUGACAUUGAGAUCCUGAAGGAGUGCAUCAGCUCUGCAAUGCCCUCUCGCUUCCGCAAGGUCAAGACCUCACUGCUGUCCGGCCAGGUGCUGCACCCCCAGACCAAGAAGCCAGUGCAUGUCCCUGUCUACAUGCUGGUGCCAGCCCAUGCACAUCCAGGUGUCCCCAAGCACCGGCAUGCCACUGCCCGCAACCUCUUCAAGGAUGAUGACUCCUUCACUGACUCGGCCGAUGGGACACCAGUCAACUUCUCCAGUGCCGCCUCGCUGAGUGAUGAGACCUUGCAGUACCCAGUGGGUGAGGAGGCUGAGCACCCUCUGCCUGAGGGGUGCCGCGAGGUGGGCACCAUCCCAGCCAGGAGAGCUGCCUCUGGCAGCUCAGCGCCCGCCCGACUCAGCUCCACUGGCAAGGGGAAAGCAGGGCCAGUCUGUGGCCAAAGUGGGGAAGGGAAAUGGGGCCAGACUCUCCCGAAGAGUGCAGCCAGCCUGGAGCUGGGGGUGGGGAGGGCCAGCAGUGCCCCUGGGAGGAAGGAUGCUGCUCAGGAGGAUGGAGUGAUCUUCCAGUCGCUGUGUCACACUACACCGACGGAGGAGUCUGUCUACUGCUUCUACGAUCCGGACUUGGACAAGCUGCCUGAGGUGGGCAGGGAAGGGUCUAGCAGCAGACCCCAGCCUGGCCGGGCACCCCGCAGGGAGCACUGGGGUGGCUCCCUCUCCCACAGGGACCCCGAGCCUGGUCCCCGGGCGGCAAAGGCAAAGCCACAGAACAGCCUCAUUGCUGAUGAGACACCACCGUGCUACUCCCUCAGCUCCUCCAUGAGCUCCCUGAGCGAUGCUAACCUCUCUGACAAUGAGGAGCAGGGCCAGCCCUGUG